AUGCAAGAACUUUUGGAAGGAUUAGCCAAAAAUAUUCUGCCCAAUUCCCGCAUCCAUUUAAAUAUCAUAAAGCGCAAGCUAUUUUUGAAAUUUAAUUUUCCAAAUCUACUCAAGUUGCAGAAUACGAAAAUUCUCUUUUUUCAGAUCGCUAAAAUUUGGCAUAAAAGCUCAGACUAUGUUUUCCUCUCCAAAAUUAGCAAAAUUUAA